GGCGCGUCGCAACCCCUCCCCUCGUGGACCGAACUCAGCUGCAACACACCGGCUCUCCAACACCUGGUCCUUGCACACCUCAAGGGCUACCCCAACAGCACUAAAAAUGUCAACGGCAUGGCCGGCGCCAACACCCGGACCAGGCUCUCCGCCCCUCCCCAAUUUCUCCGCUUCUCCUCUUCUUCUGCACCCCCCCCCCCCGCCUCCGUGUGCUCCCCGCCCCCAUCUGGCCGGGCGAGCCUCAGGUCGGCGCCGCCAUGGCGCGUUAGCUAGCUUUUGAUUCCUCCCGCCUCGGCCGGCGCAUUGUCUCCGUGCGCACCCGUCGGCAUCGUUCCUAUGGGCAAGAUCACUGCCGAGUCUGGCGCCGCCGUGCUCCUGCACGGCGACCUGGACAUUCGGAUAGUAGAGGCCAAAUGCCUCCCCAACAUGGACAUCAUGUCGGAGCGGAUGCGCCAGUGCUUUGCCUGCGGCGGCGGCGCGGGGGCGUGCGGUGGGGGGCAGCCCGCGCCCGAAACGCACCACCGGGGCAGGGGCACGAAGAAGCUCAUCACCAGCGACCCCUACGUCUCCGUCUGCCUCGCGGGCGCCACGGUCGCGCAGACCCGCGUCAUCCCCAACUCCGAGAACCCCAGGUGGAACGAGCACUUCCGCGUCGAGGUCGCGCACGCGGUCACUCGGGUCGAGUUCGACGUCAAGGACAACGACGUGUUCGGCGCGCAGCUCAUCGGCGUCGCGGCCGUGCCCGUCGAGAAGAUUGCCACCGGGGCGCUGAUCAAGGGCUGGUUCCCGGUCGAGGGGCAGUACACCAACCCUCUGAGGCCAUCGCCCGACCUGCACUUCUCAAUACAGUAUCAGCCGAUUGAGGAGAAUCCGUUGUACAAAUAUGGGGUUGAUGUUGGUUCUCUGUAUCCCGGCGUGCCGAAUGCCUAUUUCCCUCUCCGGAGAGGAGGCAGUGUUACUCUUUACCAGGAUGCCCAUGUCGCCGAUGGCACUCUACCUAAGAUUGAGAUCGAUGGUGGCAGGAUUUAUGAACAUAGCAAAUGUUGGGAGGACAUUUGCCAUGCGAUCAUCGAAGCGCAUCAUCUUGUUUAUAUGGUUGGCUGGUCUAUUUAUCAUCCUGUCAAGCUUGUGAGGGAGCCUACCAAGCCGUUGCCCGGUGGAACUCCAUCAACCCUUGGGGAGCUUCUCAAGGGCAAGGUUCAUGAGGGAGUCCGCAUCGUGAUGUUGAUUUGGGAUGACAAGACGUCGCACGACAAAUUCCUUUUGAAAACGGAUGGUGUCAUGCAUACACAUGAUGAGGAAACUAGAAAGUUCUUCAAGCAUUCAGGUGUCCACUGUGUACUUGUUCCUCGUUAUGCCAGCAAUAAACUUAGCAUUUUCAAGCAGCAGGUUGUUGGAACUUUAUUUACACAUCAUCAGAAAUGUGUGAUUGUCGACUCACAAGCUGCUGGAAACAAUCGCAAAAUAACUGCUUUUCUUGGUGGUCUAGACUUGUGUGAUGGCAGAUAUGAUACGCCUGAACAUAGGCUUUUCAAAGACCUUGAUACUGUUUUCAAUAAGGACUUUCAUAAUCCUACGUUUCCAGUUAACUCGUAUGGGCCAAGACAGCCAUGGCAUGAUUUACACUGCAAAGUUGAUGGUCCUGCUGCCUAUGAUAUACUGACAAACUUUGAACAGCGAUGGAGGAAAACUACAAAAUGGAAAGUCAGCCUUAAGAAAGUUGCAAGUUGGCAUUACGACAUGCUGAUAAAGCUAAACCGGAUGUCAUGGAUUGUUUCACCUGCUACGGAUGAAGCAAAUGCGCAUGUUUGUGAUGAACGGGACCCAGAAAACUGGCAUGUACAGGUUUUCAGGUCAAUUGAUUCCGGAUCUGUGAAAGGAUUUCCUAAACUUGUUCAGGAGGCAGAGUCACAGAAUCUUGUUUGUGCAAAAAAUUUAAAGAUUGACAAGAGUAUACAUAGUGCUUAUGUGAAAGCCAUCAGGUCUGCACAGCACUUUAUAUACAUUGAGAACCAGUAUUUCAUUGGCUCUUCAUUCUGCUGGCCUUCAAAUAAAAAUGCAGGUGCGGAUAAUUUAAUACCCAUUGAGCUGGCCUUGAAGAUUGCAAGCAAGAUCAAGGCAAGGGAGCGAUUCGCAGUCUACAUUGUCAUACCAAUGUGGCCUGAAGGCAUCCCAACCACGGCUCCCAUGCAGCAAAUCCUCUUUUGGCAGGGGCAAACCAUGUCUAUGAUGUACAAGAUUGUAGCGGAUACCCUCCAGAGCCAGGGUCUCCUUGAAGCCCAUCCGCAAGAUUACCUGAAUUUCUACUGCCUCGGGAAACGUGAGCUUGCCGAUGACGUCUCAUCUCCUACGAGCUUAUGCAAUGACACUUCUCCUCUGCGCACAGCUCAGAAGCUCAGGAGGUUCAUGAUCUAUGUGCACUCCAAAGGGAUGGUCGUCGACGACGAGUACGUCAUCAUCGGAUCGGCCAACAUAAACCAAAGGUCCAUGGAAGGCUCCAGGGAUACCGAGAUCGCAAUGGGUGCGUACCAGCCUCACUACAAGUGUGCUGGAAACACCGGCCCUCCUCGCGGGCAGGUGUACGGGUACAGGAUGUCGCUGUGGGCGGAGCACCUGGGCGCGGUGGAGGAGUGUUUCCGGCGGCCGGAGACGGAGGAGUGCGUCCAAAAGGUGAAUAAAAUGGCGGAGGAGAACUGGCAGACGUACGUGUCACCGGACAUGGAGGAGACGAGGGGCCACCUGAUGAGGUACCCCAUCAAGGUGGACAAGGACGGCCGCAUCGGCGCUCUGCCGGGGCACGAGUGCUUCCCAGACGUCGGCGGCAAGGUCCUCGGCACGCAGACCUCGCUGCCCAAUGCCCUGACCACGUAACAGUCAUUUCCUCUUAAGCUGGAUUCUUGCUUUCUGCUAAGUGCCAACUUUUGUAAAAAUUAUCAGCACCUGUUUGUUUAUGAAUUAUGAAAUAUCGUGAAAGGAUGUUCGUCUCUACUGACAAGGAGGGGAAACAAACAAAACAUGAAUUAUUGUUGCUGUU